CUAGUCUGUGGUUAUUGCUGUUGCUGUUGCUGGAUUGUUUACAAUUUAAUUUGAGGUUGCUGAAAUUCAUUAUAAAAUUCUCAAAAAGUUACUUAUUUACUGUGAAUUUAGGGUAAAUAUUUAUCAUGGAUGAUGAUGCAGAAACUUACAAACUAUGGCGUAUUCGUAAAACAGUAAUGCAGCUAUGUCACGACCGCGGUUACUUAGUAACUCAGGAUGAAUUGGAUCAAACACUAGAACAAUUCAAAGAACAGUUUGGGGAUAAACCGAGUGAAAAGCGCCCAGCCCGCAGUGAUCUUAUCGUGCUAGUGGCUCACAAUGAUGACCCCACAGACCAGAUGUUUGUCUUUUUCCCCGACGAGGCUAAGAUUGGCAUCAAGACAAUAAAGACAUACUGUACAAGAAUGCAGGAGGAGAAUAUUCACAGAGCUAUAGUUGUGGUUCAAGCAGGAAUGACUCCGUCAGCAAAGCAGUCGCUGGUGGACAUGGCUCCGAAGUACAUUCUGGAGCAGUUCCUCGAGUCGGAGCUGCUCAUCAACAUCACGGAGCAUGAGCUGGUCCCUGAGCACAUUGUGCUCACCCCUGACGAGAAGCAGGAGCUGCUCGCCAGAUAUAAACUGAAGGAGAACAUGUUGAUGAGAAUACAGGCCGGUGACCCCGUCGCGAGAUACUUCGGACUGAAAAGAGGCCAGGUGAUAAAGAUCAUCCGUUCCUCGGAGACGGCCGGGAGAUAUAUUUCCUACAGAUUAGUUUGUUAAGAUUAGACUAUAUUAUUAAGUAUUCAAUAAACCAUUUUUACAGUGUAA